AUGUUGCCAUUUGCAAGCCUUGAAGAAGCAGAAGUUUCCCUUGGAAGAAAUUUGACAUUCGCAGAGGUACAAUGGUUCAAAUAUUCGGCCCAAAAAACAGAUUAUUUUCUGUAUUGCCACAACACAAUCUUCUUGUUCAUUUUCUACACGGUGCUGCCAUUGCCGUACGUGGUUUUGGAGCUCACGCGCUCCAAAAAGAUUGAUAAAUACAAAAUUCAACCCAAAACCAAGAACACGUUGUGGGACAUGAUGGAUUGUUACAUAAAAGUCCUCAAGACCUUCGUUAUUGCUGUGGUGCCCCUCCAAGUCUUUUCCUUUCCGGUCAUUCAGAUGAUUGGAAUAAGGACAAGUUUGCCCCUACCGUCAGGCUCCGAAAUUUUCUGGCAAAUAGUGACAUACUUUUUUGUGGAGGACUAUGCAAAUUACUGGAUGCACAGAUUCCUACACCAAAAAUGGGGCUACGAAAACAUCCACAGAGUCCACCACGAGUACACGGCCCCAAUUGGGUUUGCAGCCCCUUACGCCCAUUGGGCCGAGGUCAUAAUCCUGGGCCUGGCCUCCUUUCUUGGCCCACUUAUUGCUCCAGGCCAUAUGAUCACUUUCUGGCUAUGGAUGAUUGUCAGGCAAAUGGAAGCCGUUGAAACUCACAGC